CAGAGAUUAACCACCCGAAAGGGGAGUGCCCAAGGACCGAGGAGUAUUUAGGAAGCACAGCUGCAGGGAGGCAAUGCUGUGGGAAUUGCGUCGCCGUUGAAAACAAAGUUAGGUUCUUUUUGUGCACACUGACCACCCAUGGAACAUCUCUUGCAGACACUGGAAAUUUCCCUGAUAAUGACGACGACGACUUCGACUUCUUCGAUGACAUGGUUGAUCGAUCGAGAUGGAGCUAGCAAGCAAGGAACGAAGGAACCGAUAAUAAUUUCUGAAGAGAAGUUGGGUCGAAGAAGAAGUUGAGGCUUCUCUUCUUUCUCUCGGAUCUGGAUUCGUCGAUUGACCGGAACAUGGGCCACGCAAUCCAGGGACACCUAUAACUCCCAAUAAGAGACACAUGCUGCCUUAUUUUCUGGAUGAUUAACUCCCGAGUCCCGACUACAGGGCGCUAACUCGCGGCCUGUCCCCGUUGCUGCAACUUCACUUGCGGUGGCGCGUGUUCCGCGGCCGUGAGCACCCGGCGCAGUGGCACGAGAGGAUUGGCCGGCCUUCUCUCCCCCGGCCGCCUGGUCCUCUCGUCUGGUUCCGCGCUGUCUCCCUAGGCGAAGGAAUGGCUGGCCUGAGUUUAAUAUUCUGAUGACAACAACGACGAUGUCCUCUUAUAAGGUACUCGAGAAUGAUCUUCCGAGUUGCGCUCUACACCAGUUUUGUCCUGUGGAUACCCCUGCCGCCAUUGAUGCUUUCGUGUGCUACUGGAAGCCAAGUGCAGUUAUCUUAUUGGAGAGUGAGAUGUGGCCGAAUCUGAUUAUGAUUUCUUCUGCUAAGGGUAUUCUGCUUACAUUAUUGAAUGCUCGGAUGUCUUUGAAGUCCUUCAAAUUUUGAUUCCACUUACAUUAUUGAAUGCUCGGAUGUCUGUGAAGUCCUUCAAAUUUUGGUCAGGAUUGGCGCUUUCCUUGAUAUCGUUAAUGCUAUCCAAGUUUGAUUUGAUUGUCCCACUGAGUACCACUCAGGCAAUACGCUUCCAGCUUCUGCAAGCUCCACCUUCAAUCAUAAAUUUUGCUGGUGAUUUGAAAUACGUGGUAGAACCUGACAUGACCAAGAGGAAUAUAGCAAGCACUGAAGAUUUGAAGGACGAGCUCUCUGAUAGGCAUGUAUGGAUUGCUGCAUCAGUUCAUAGAGGUGAAGAACAAGUAAUGUUAGCAGUUCGCAGAUCGUUGGCCCGAAGGUACCCUGACUUGGUGACUAUUAUUGUCCCUCGCCACCUGCAGCUUGCGCACCAUAUUGUUGAAGAAUUGCAGUAAGAUGGACUUCAUGUAGCCUUGAGGUCUCGAAAGGAAAAGAUCACGGCCAUAGGACAAGUGUACGUGGUCUACACUUUAGGUGAAUUAAGGCGUCUAUAUAGCCUAACUCCAAUAGCUGUAGUUGGCGGUUCCUUCUGUCCUAGUUUUGCUGGCCAUAACAUAUCUGAAGCUGCCGCAGCUGGCUGUGCUGUUUUAACUGGUUUUCAUGCCAGACAUUUCUUACACAUGAUAAAUGAAAUGCAAAGACUGGAUUCUCUUUCAGUUAUGCAGGUGUCUGGAAAGGAAGAACUUAAAGAAGCGCUCUUUCAUCUCUUCAAUGACACAAACUUGCUCAAAGCACGACGCAUGGCUUCGAAACAAACGUUUCAUACCCUUUCCUCGCCCUGCUCUCUUCUACACACUGCUGUUGAUCUAGUCCAAGUUAGAUAAAGAGAUCUAGUCAUGCCCCACAUUUGCAGCCCAAAAAGUACUUAAAGUAAAUGCCUUGGUGACACGCCAAAACACAACACCAAACUGCGACCAAGUGAAAUCGCAGUCCGGGAAUGCAGUAACAGGCAAGUUAUAUUAUCAACCCGGGGUCUAGAUCUACUGCUUACUCCGUGAUUCUCUAUUAUCUAGCAAACUAGUUCGAGUGAUUGUUGUUAAAAGCAAAAGCAGUAAGAAAGCAGUAAAUUGUUCGGUUUUCAAAGUCAGGAAAGAGUCACUCGGGAUUGAGUCCCCCUAGGACACAAGAGUUUUUUCUUUCAUAAAUAUCCAGCUUUUCAACUGCGGUAGACUGUCUUUUUGAAUCUGUGCUCCUCGCAACAUGAUUUAUUAAUGUUAUUCACCGAUGUAACUCAUGAUAGUUGUGUUUGUUGAUAUGUAAAGGCCCU